AUGCCAAGACGGGGAGGUUUUAGAAAAGGAAAAAAGAAUGCGAAACAAAAAGACAAAAGCAACCUGUUUGAAAGAGAGCCUGAACAAGAAAAUGUUGUUGAUCAAUCUCGUUUCGGUGACAAGGGUCUUGCAAGUUCAGUAGAUCCUUCGGAGGAUGAUGAUCAAUCUCUUUUAAUGGAGAUAAGUUCUACUAUCUUAAACCACAAAACUCCGAUUAAUGAUUUGAACGGGCUGGUACAAUUGGAGGAUGAUGAUUUUGUUCUACCCAUGCUUUCCUCAUAUAAGAAAUGUAGAAUUUCUACUUUUGAAAUAUACACCUUGUCAAGCAAACAUGAUGUUCUGCCAAAUGCACAUCUUGAUGGAGAAUUUCAUAUGGAUGAUGAUUCAUCAGAAGAUGGGGGGGAAACAAAUAUUGGUUCGGAGCAUAAUGACACAGGUCCACAAAAACAAAAGAAGAAAACAAGGGGUCCAACCCGUUGUAUAAGAAUUAUCGGAUUGGAGGAAGGAAAUAAACUAUCUGUAGAAUUCGAUGAGGAUCAUCAACCGGUUGGUGAAAAUGCAACAAGUUUUGUAGCAUUCUUGAGAGUAACUGUUCGAAAUCGUUCUUGUUGUCCUUUGCAAGUGAAGGAAUGGAAGGAUAUCAGUAGAGAUGCAAUAGAUCAUAUGUGGGGAAUCAAAAUGAAGAAGUUCACGUUUGAACUCCCAAUGGGUAAGACGGAAUCAAUCAUUGGUCACAUGAAUGCUCUAUACAGGGAUUAUAGACAUAAACUCAAGAGGAAUUACUUCAACAAGAAGAAUAACUAUGAAAGUCGUCUGAAAAAUAAGCCUAAAAGAGUCUCCAUCAGUGAUUGGAAGUAUCUUGUUAAUUUAUGGAGUGAUCAACCAUUUCAGGAAAGGAGCUUGAUAAACAAAAGGAACAGAUCGAAGCAUUCAAUGCCACCUUACACUGGAACGAAAAGUCUUGCACGACUUCGAUAUCAAGUGAAAAAGAGAAAUGGGGCUACACCUUGGCGUGUGGAUGUUUGGAUUGAAUCGUGCAAGAGAAAGAAAGGAAACGCUCUAGAUUCUGAUUCACAGAUUGCCCUUUCUCAACUUGAUCAGUUAAAAAAACAACGUGUUGAAGGGCAUAUUUCUAUUAAUGAUGAAGAAAUGUUUGAAAAGGUUCUUGGACCCGAGAAGAAUUGUUAUGUGCGUGCUUAUGGACCUGGGAAAGGUGUCACUGAAUAUUUUGGGAUUAAGCCAACAAAAGCUAAACUUACACCGCAAGUGGAAGCUUCUAGAAGGGAAGCCAAGGAACAGGUUGAAGAAGCCAAGAAGGAAGCUAAUGAACGAGUACAUCAAAUUACCAAAGACGUUGAAAAAAAAAUAGCGGAGAUGAACAAAAAAUGGAAAGAAAAGUUUCAGAUGUACUUGCUGGAAGGGAACCUCCACUUUCACGAAACAUGUCCGAUGAAGAAGUAA